UAUAAAGACACAACACGCACACACCGACAGACACAGACGCUACAGUACACCCCGUGAUGUUUAAAGACAGACGUAGUGUCUGUGUGUGUCUGUCACGCCGAGGAGGCGUCAGUAGCCGGCUGAUGAUCAUCAGCAGCAGCAGCAACAUCAGCAGCAGCAUCAUCAUCAGCAGCAGCAUCAACAGCUUCAGUAGUAGCGGCAGGAGCUUUCACGAUCGCCGCUACAAUCAGUAAUAACAGCGGCGUUAAGAAAGAGCAGCAGUAGAAGCAAGAUCAUCAUCAGCAGCAGCAGUGUCAGCAGCAUCAUCAGCUUCAAGCAGCAGCAAGAUAAAAACACUACAAUCAGCGGCAUCGGUACUGUUUUUUUAAAGAAACGACAGCGGUGGAAGCAAGACCAUCAUCAGCAGCAGCAGCAGCAGUGUCCUGCAACAGCAGCAUCAUCAGCAGCAGCAAAAGCAGUGUCCAUCAGCAGCAGCAUCAUCAUCAUCAGCAGUAGCAGCAGUGUCCUGCAACAGCAGCAUCAUCAGCAGCAGCAAAAGCAGUGUCCAUCAGCAGCAGCAUCAUCAUCAUCAGCAGCAGCAUCAGCAGCAGUGUCCAUCAUCAGCAGCAUCAUCAUCAGCAGCAGCAUCAUCAACAAGCGCCGGCAGCAGUGUCAUCAACAUCAUCGUAAACAGCAGCAGCAUCAUCAGCAGCAUCAUCAUCAGCAACGCAUCGUUGUUCACCUCUGGAGAAACGGCUGACAUUGAGGGGAGAGACGGGGUGAGAACUCCGUGGUGGAGGAGGACAUUGAGAAAGCUCUGGAGGAGAUCCAGCAGAAGGACCUGGAGGACUUCGGGGAGAAGGUCCUGGUGGAGGCCGUGGAGAAGUACAUUGAGAAGGCUCUUGGAGCAGCCCCAUCGGAGGACAAUGCUGGAGGACGUUUGUAUGGAAUUGGACGACGGAGUCCAUAACCCUGGGUCCAUGGAUCCCAUGGGGACUUGCGACCCCUCGGGUCUCGACGAUCUCGGGGAUCAUGGUGAGCCGUUGGACGGGUCCUCCAGAAGAUCACGUGCCAGAACGUCAUCCCGCCUUUCGGCCGAUGCUGUGGAGGAGCUGGGUCCCGAGGAGGUCAGAUGGUUCUACAGGGAUGAGCGCAAGGCGUGGAAGCCUUUCAAUGGCUACGACUCAUUGCAGGUGGAACUUGCAUACCGUAGGUACCACGCUGGCGCCGGUGGAGGAGUCGGGGAGGACAUUGAGCCGGUGUGCGUGAGGGGUGGACUUUACGAGGUGUCGGUGGCGAGCAAGGAAUGUUACCCAGUCUACUGGCAAGAGGCGGAGAGGGUGGCGGUGAUGCGGGGACAGUGGUUCGUGGACGGCACCUGGCAGCCGCUGGAGGAAGAGGACAGCGACCUGAUCGAGACCGAGCACCUGGCACGCUUCCGCGGGCAACCGUGCCAUCCGGCACCGCUUGAGGCAGAGCAGGAGCCACCGCCGCCGCCACCACGGCUGGAGAACCGUGAUGUCAUCCACAGCCUGCAGUUGAACCGUAGCCACGUGGACUGGAAUGGGGUGGAUGAGGUCUACCUCUACAGUGACGCCACCACCUCGAAGAUCGCCCGCAGUGUGGGCCAGAAGUUGGGGCUGUCGAAGGCAUCCAGCAGUGGCACGCACCUACAGAGGGGCUACGUGGAGGAGGCUCUGGUGGAGGACCGCCCUCCAGACGUGUCUCACCUGGUGUUCGUGGUGCACGGCAUCGGCCAGAAGAUGGACCAGAACCGCAUCAUCCGUCGCUUCUGA